AUGGCUAACACGUACAAUGUGACUGAAUUCAUUUUUCUGGGACUUUCUCCUAAUCAGGAGGUGCAGACUGUUUGUUUUGUGCUAUUUCUGCUCUUGUACACAGCAAUUGUGCUGGGGAAUCUCCUCAUUGUGCUCACGGUCAUGACCAGCAGAAGUCUUGGUUCCCCCUUGUACUUCUUCCUCAGCUACCUGUCCUUCGUGGAGAUCUGCUACUCCUCCGCUUCAGCCCCCAAACUCAUCUCAGAUUUGCUGGCUGAAAGGAAAGCCAUAUCUCUGUGGGGCUGCAUGACACAGAUUUUCUUCAUCCACUUCUUUGGUGGCACUGAGAUGUUCCUGCUCACUCUGAUGGCCUAUGACCGCUACGUGGCCAUCUGUAAGCCUCUGAACUACACUACCAUCAUGAACCGGCAGGUGUGUGCUAUCCUGGUUGGAGCAGCAUGGGUGGGGGGCUUUGUGCAUUCCUUUGCCCAAAUCCUUCUCAUCUUCCACUUGCCCUUCUGUGGCCCCAAUGUGAUCGACCACUAUUUCUGUGACCUGCUUCCUCUGCUCAAACUUGCCUGCUCUGACACCUUCCUCCUUGGUCUUCUGAUCGUUGCUAAUGGGGGGACUUUGUCUGUGGUCAGCUUUGUGGUCCUCUUAAUCUCCUAUGUGGUCAUCUUGGUCCAUUUGAGGUCUCGAAGCUCUGAGGGGCGGCGCAAGGCCCUCUCCACUUGCGGGUCCCAUAUCACUGUGGUUUCCUUGUUCUUUGGGCCCUGCAUCUUCAUCUAUCUGAGACCUUCUACGACUCUGUCUGAGGACAAGAUGGUGGCCGUGUUCUACACAGUGAUCACUCCACUCCUCAACCCUGUCAUCUACUCCCUGAGAAAUGCAGAAAUGAAGAAGGCCGUGAAGAGGCUGUGGAUCAGGACAAUGAAUCUAGAUGAGAAAUAG